AUGAUCAUUCCGGAGAAGAACCGAAAGGAGAUCUGCAAAUACCUCUUCCAAGAGGGAGUUUGCUAUGCGAAGAAGGACUUUAAUUUGGCAAAGCACCCUGAGAUUGACGUGCCUAAUCUGCAGGUGAUUAAGCUGAUGCAAAGCUUCAAGUCUCGCGAGUACGUGAGGGAGACCUUUGCUUGGAUGCAUUAUUACUGGUUCCUCACUAACGAUGGCAUCGAGUUUCUGAGAACUUACCUUAAUCUUCCUUCCGAAAUUGUUCCUGCAACUUUGAAGAAACAGGCCAAGCCACCUGGCAGGCCCUUUGGUGGCCCAUCUGGUGAUCGCCCUAGGGGUCCACCUCGCUUUGAAGGCGAGCGAAGGUUUGGUGGUGAUCGCGAUGGAUAUCGUGGAGGUCCCCGAGGACCUGGUGGAGAAUUUGGAGGAGACAAGGGAGGAGCCCCAGCUGAUUACAGGCCCUCUUUUGGGGGACCUGGCGGAAGGCCUGGCUUUGGUCGUGGAUCUGGAUCUGGAUCUGGUGGUUUUGGAGCGCCAACCAGCUCAAAUCUUCCUUAA